GCAUACUCCAUGGUGACAGAUCAACCAUCAGCAGAGCGUGGUACUGGUGUGUUGCAGGGAUACACUACAUGAGAAACUUCUAGAUAGUGUCUUGUUGGGUAGUUCACUGUGACAUUUGACUGUACUCAGUUCCUGAGGAAACAGGAUCUUUGUAGGACAGAACUGUUGAAGCAUAACACUGGAUUAGUAAGCUUUCACUGACGUUGAUAGACACAGGUCUGCCUGUUCAUGUUUGCUGUGAAUUACACUGGUUUGUGUGAGUUGACCAACAUCGACAUUGUUAUUGGACGUGGAACAAAUAUAAGAUACUUGAUACUUGCUGAUUGUAAACGUGCGUGAGGUGUCCACGCAGUAGCCAGUGAUGCCAUCUACAAGCAAGGCAGACUACUACCAAGUCCUUGGGCUUCCGCGCAGUGCAACUGAAAGCGAUAUAAAAAAAUCAUACAGGAAACUAGCACUCAAAUGGCAUCCAGACAAGAACCCAGACAAGAAGGAUGAAGCCGAGAAAAAAUUCAAAGAAAUCUCUGAGGCAUAUGAAGUUUUGUCAGACAAAAAGAAGAGGGAAGUGUAUAACUUGUACGGCAAGGACGGGUUGUCAAAUAGCUCAUACACAAAUGACGACUUCAAUGACUUCAGCCACGCUGGUUUCCACUUCACGCUCCGCAGCCCGGAGGAGGUCUUCAGAGACUUCUUCGGAACAGACGAUCCAUUCGGGAACUUCUUUGGUACAAGCAAUGGAGACUUCAAUGGCUCGAUGUUCGAACAUUCUUUUACAGGCUUCCCAGGGGGUUCUAGUGUAUUUUCUUCCUCAUUCUUCGACUCUGAUCCAUUUGCAUCGUCUGGUAUGUGGCGACCACACCGUCGUCGCCGUGGUGACCAGCCCGGGGGACGGCGCCAGGACCGUAUGCAGCAGCGUAUGCAACCCAGCAGCUAUAGCCACCCCAUGAGGGGCUUCGUGCCCCGCGUACACACUGGGUUUGGGUUCUCCUCCAUCUUUGAUGACCCUUUCUUCGGACUUUCGGCCUCGCCAGGGUUCUCUCAGUUCUCUAGUACCAGUUUUAGCGGCCCCACCACAGGAGCCGGACACUUUCGCUCUACUUCCACCUCUACCAAAUAUAUCAACGGCAAGAAAAUUGUCACGAAGAAAGUUGUUGAGAAUGGACAGGAGACUGUGCUGGUAGAGGAGGAUGGGGUCCUCAAGUCCCGCAUGGUGAACGGCGUACAGCAGCUGGAAUAUGGGGGUGGCAGCAGCGGCCGCGCCCACAACAGCAUCAAGGCAUGAACCACCCUUCACUCACUCACACGGAGACAAAUAGGAACACAAUGAUGAAUCAACCAGUAUUCAUGGUGCAAGGGAUCUGUGUCACAUGUGAACAGUCAUCUGCACACGAUUGUGUAAGAUUUGGGGAAAUUUAUUUGUGUUUUUAUGUGAACUUUUGCACCUUUAAGGGUAGUGUAAGCUGUCUGUAAAUUGGUAUCUUACAAUAUAAAGAAUCACAGUUUGGUUUGAUUUUCAUCAGAUCAUGCACAGACAGUUUUUCCAUUUCUCAGUAUGUAUUUGUCAGUGGAAGAGUUAAUAUCUACUGAUGGGAGUAACUGUGACAAAUCUUGCCAUGUCCUGUCUGUGUGAUGGUCUGUUAACCCUUUCUCUUUUAACAGCACAAGGGAAUGUUCUCCCUACACAUUUCAAUUGGCUCUUUGACUUCAUGUGAUAGCUGUCAUUAAAACAGAAAUUAUGUAUUUUUCAUGUUCUGAUUUUCUUGAUUAUUAGAUAUUUGCACCAGAAUUUUUAGUAUUAUUGUCAAAACUAAGGAGAAAAUAUUGUUUCCUUAUUCAUUGGAAAUUGUUGUAUUGGAACACUUUAGUUGUUUUGUUUUUCUUAACCAAAGAUGAUUUUCACUUAAUGUUAAACAGAUUUGUCAUUUCAAUAUAUAUCUUGUUGUAAUAAAUGCAAGCAUAUCGCUGGCUCUCCACCAUCUACAUUUGAUACUGAAUGGGUGGUGUGUUGAUGUAUCCCUCAUCAAGGCCAGGUCGGUCUGAAAGAGGAGCAAUACUCACAAGAGUUAAUCACAGGAUUGGAAUUACUUCAUUGUUGUCUUCAGUUCCUUCAUCCCAGACGGCCAUUUUGAAACGAAGGGAUUACAGUUCCCUUCAAUUAAAUAUAAUGUCAAGAAAUAAAUAUUUUUAAUAACCAGUUCGUCUUUGUGAAAUAUGGAAUGGAAAAUUACAGAUUGGUUUCAUGAACCUAAAGAUGACGAUAUGACCUUGAUCUUCCAGGUCAAGGUUAACUCAGGGUCAAGGUCGACUGCAGAGAUUCCCUGUUGUAUAGAUAUUGUUAUUAGACAGAUAACUUGUAUAUUGAUGUUAAGAUUGAUGGUGGUUGUGAUGUAACAAAACAGGGGAAUCUAGACAACCUGAAGACUGCUGAGAAGUUCCUGAACAUUUCGAGAAGAACUUUUGUUUCUGAUCUGGUGAUUCCAUUCUAAAUAUUGUACUUGAAACAUAAUCAAUAACAUACUGGAGUUCCGAUUGACAUCUUGACUUAUUAGAGUUCUCAGCAGUCUAAAGGGUAUUGGAAUUAUAGCCUUGUUUUAAUCGUUUAUGUCAUAACAGCAGGAUGGUUGCUUCUAACAGUGUCAUUAAGUAUAUAUAUGUUCUAUUUUAUUCCUUACUAAACUUGUCAUAGCUUUGACAUUUAGGUGGACCAGUCGCUGUCAUAUUGAGAGCAAAAUUCUUACGACAAACGACCUCAGAAAAUGAGUUCCAAUUCUUGUUCAGCUUGCAUGGAAAGGGAGGUAACCCCUUCAAGCAGGUAUUUUUCUGGUGUUGUUUGUCCGAGUCUGUGAUUACUACAACGAGUGGUUUAGUCCUGCAGUGUUGAUAUAAUCUGCUCUCGUCUUGUUAAAGCCCUUCUCACCAUUGUAAAUAGUUGUCCACGGGAUGUUUCGAUACAGCGUUUUCCCAGCACAUGUUGCCGUACAGUAACACCAAGGCUUGGUCAUGAUACAGUUCAUACAGAAAUGUUCCAAAGUCUGCUGAACAGAUUCCAGAUCAGUUUGGGUAUUUUUGUGCGUGCAUCGUAUCCCAUCCCUGGUGUUGCAAUACGUAUUGCCAAACCUGUAUCGAUACAACCAAAGCUAUCCUAUCAAGGCUGCCUUCAUAGACUGGUCUUGCUGACAAGAUUUACCUCCCUUGAAAUGGAGGCAUAUAAAUCUCUGAUGCAAGAUGGAAAAGUUGAACUAUAUGAUUAUGGCCUCUCUGUACAGUAUUCUUAUCAUUGUUUUAUACAUCGCUGACUCCUCUGAUGGUAACCCAUACUUUGUAAUCUUUUUAUUUUGGUUGACAACAAAGGUUUUAUUUCUGCAAGACUUUUAUAAACUGACUCCAUGUUUGUCAGUUGAACAGCAAUGGGAGACUGGGACAAAUACGUGAUCAGUUUGUAGGGGAUCCUGUAGAGCUGUAGAUGGUAGCAGGUAUUUUGUUGUAUCAUAGUGUCGGAAGCUUUGCCCAUGCAGUUGCCCAUAAUCCUGUGUUUCCCUAGCAUCUUACAACCAUGAUCUGGUCCCGUUCCCAGCUAGGGCUCCUGCAGUGUACAAUCAUUAUGCUUGAUAAGUGUAGUCCGUAAUGUACCUGUGUUUUAUAUUGUGGUUGUGGGUAUCAUGCUACAGACUCACAAUUCGUAUAGCCACCUUUGUCCAGAUCACAUGUACAGCAGUCACACUGCAGUCAGAACAAGUGUCACCAUGUCCGACAUCCUUUGUUCCAAAAGCUUGAGUUUCCCCAACUUCAAGGAGUUGAGAUUAUAGUAGUGUGCACCGUCUUCUUUACGCUUUAGUAUACCAGGUUUUGCUCAUCAGCAUCUGUUACUUCUUUCAUGAUCUUGCUCUGUUGCUGUCCAUCACACUGAUGUCAUAUACAGUCCUAUCCCUGGAACAGCAUCACUUUUAUCGAUGAGAUAUUUUGUGACAAAUUGUAUGCUGUGAACAAGCUCCACCGAUCAUCACUUUUAGAGACUACCAUCAGUCAUGACAUUUAAGGGGUUAAUGCUUGGAUGAUGCUGGAAAAGGACAUACUGGGUUUUUUAGAGUAAACAAAGAAGGGUGGUUGAUCAAGUGGCGAUGGGUUUACUCGUCAUGUUGAUGACUGAGAUUCAGAUCCCUACGACAACAUUAUGUGUGUGAGUGUGUGUGUCCAUUGAAUUGCCACCUACCUGUUCAUCCUUCAAGAUGAAGAAGCAGAAAUAUUUUAGUUAUAAGUCUUAAUUAUGUCAACUGAUUCUUGUGCUGAAUCAGUACAUGUGUUUUAAAUAAAUAAACGAAAAUCCCCGCUGGCCCAUCCUGCUUUAUCUUUUGGUACAGAUAUCAUGAAAUACACUAUUAGUAGUCACCAGACACAUUUACAGGUUGAAUGGUAGGAGCUGCUCAUCUUUAAACCAGACAUACAUACACAGCAGUUGAAUUUCGGUCAGGGAGGUGUCGUCUUUUAACAGGUCCAUGCACUCCUUGUGGAGGUCAGUCACGCCCUGAUGCCUGUUGGUGAUGAGCCACACAUGGAGCUAUCCAGGCUUGAACACAACUAUAUGCUUUCUGUGUGUAACUGACAGUGAUUAUGACAAGUGUAGCUUUGUCUGUACAAUUUAUGAGGUAUGUCAAAGUAAAGUAUACAUUUCAAAGAAAUAAAGAUUUCUUUGUCACA